AUGGACUCUCUCCCUGUGACAAACAAGACGACGGGCGAGCCCGAGUCGUUUAAGAACAAGGCGCUCGAAACAGGCGCCGCUGCAGUUCAAAACUUCGAGCCGGUACAACGCAUCUGCGCACACUUGAACGCCUUCCACGCUUACGCUGACGAUCCCCACCGCGGCCCUGUAGAAGCAAACCACUACUGCGCGCACCUCAACGACGAAGUCCGCCAAUGCAUCCUCUACGACUCUCCCAAGCAGCCCGCGCGAAUCAUCGGCAUAGAGUACAUGAUUAAUCCCCGGCUAUACAGCACAUUGGAUGAAACAGAGCAGAAGCUCUGGCACUCGCACGUAUUCGAAGUCAAGUCCGGCAUGCUCAUUAUGCCUAAGCCGCCCGUCGUGCCCGAUGCCGCAUGGGAACUCGCAGAGAACAGGGAGAUGGAAGAGGUUGUACAUUUAUACGGGAAGGUGUACCAUUUGUGGCAAACAGACCGCGGCGAUACACUGCCGUUGGGAGAACCGAAGCUGAUGACGAGCUACACGGAGGCACAGCAAAUGCCUGGCGGGUUUGAGAAGGUCGUUGAUGAGAGGGAUGCGAGGUUCGGCAGUGAUUGGAGAAGAAAGAAGGAGGCCAGGUCACAUAUCGAAGAGCCUGAGAUUCAUGAAAAUGCAGAUUGGGUGUGGAAGGGCAAGAAGGCGGAGAACGUGACGGGAGAAAGAAAGACUGAUGUAGGCGUGAUUGGAGGAGUCUAA